AUGCCAGCGAAAAAGACGCGAGCCAAAAAGGCGCAAGCCAAGAAGAAGCCAGCCAGAAAGACUCAAGCCAAAAAGGCGCAAGCCAAGAAGAAGCCAGCCAGAAAGACUCAAGCCAAAGAGAUACUGUCACCCGACACACCUCCCGCGGAUGGUCGUUCCCCGUUCACUCAAUUGCCCCUGGAGAUUCACAUGGUCAUCGGCGACAUGUUGAAGGAGGACAAGCGGCUUGAUGCGCUGCCUACACUAGCCAGGACAUCGCGGCGUCUCUGCUCCUUCUACGAGCAGCAACUCUACAAAGGCAAAGACAACACCCAUCGCGUCAAGGCCUUGAUGUGGGGAGUGGCACACGAUUCUGUUACUGUCAUGAAGAGCGCCAGACAAUGGGGCGCAGACCUCAACGUUCGGAGUUAUCACCUAGACAGAAAGAGAAGCAGGAGAAACAACUACAUAUCUGGCAAAGGAACGGCACUCCAAUUCGCUAUCAGGGAUGGGCACAAUGAAUCCAUGUGCUGGUUGCUCGACGAGCGCGCGCGUGUGGAUAUACCUGGGAAGCCGGCCUGGGGCAUGUGCCAGUGCGGCAGCUACUCCAGAUCCUACGCUUCCAGUCUUCACCUUGCUUUCUGCAAUGGAAACCUGCUUGCCGCCACGAUUCUGCUCCGACGCGCACCGGAAGCGUCGGUGCAGUAUUCACGAAAGGUUGAUACAGGAUCCAUUUUGAAGACGGCAGUCAAGGCGGCUUUCGGUCGGUACUCGGUCAGGUUCUUGGAUGUGGCACUCGAAAACCCUGCCAUUCGCAAGUCAAUCAAUGCGUUCCAGGAAGAGGACCUUCAUACACCCCUCGCAUUAGCUCUGUCUCCUGAGUACGAGGGAGAUGAUCUCCUAGAGCCAAUUCUUGCCGCCCUGGUUAAGGCAGGUGCGAGUUUGGGGCCGUACCCUCAAGGCUCCCAUAUGGAGGGACAUUCACCCCUAUUGUUGCUGCUCGACAGAGGUGACAGAGAGUCGGCCACGUAUUUGCUGCGGCUCGGCUGCGAUCCCAACGGUGACCGACCUCAUCCGGUUACUCCAGCUUGGCAGAGCCCGUUGCACUUCUACAUCAACCCUGAAUCCCAUAACAGAUGGUCCACUCCGGCUUGGCAUCAGCAGGUAUUUCAUAGGUGGCGCCUCACCCCCCGAGAAUUUAUUGUCGUCCUGUUGGAGCACGGGGCGUCCCUCGACAUUACGAAUGCGGAAGGGGUCUCUCCCCUCGAUAAUGCCAUCAGCUUCAUGGCCAGGUAUGUCGCACCAAGGCGCCGAGUCGCCGGCUUUAAGCUUGUCAAGCUCUUGCUCGCCAAUGUCAAGCCCGAGGGCAUCUCCACAAAAUCUAGGGAAAGAGCCGAGGGCGUCAUGACGACACUGGUGCAGGACUUGCGGGCCGAGCAUGCCACUCACAACCUGUCCGACGUUCGGGAUGGCAUGUCUGGAGGCGUGAAGGGGGAAGGUUGA